AGUGCAACAAUUGCCUGGUUAAUUGAACCGGCUUUUCAAUAACCCGCGAUACAUGGACGGUCAAUAUUUACAUCAAGCAUUAGUUUUGCUUGAUAAUUGACCCCCAUGGAAAUGGUACCACGGACAUGAACUGACUAAUUUAUUAUAGGAUAGUGUGAGAGUUUUGUUCGACUACGGUAAAUUAGCAUCUAAUCCAAGAAAGAGUGCAAUUUAUGCUAUAAAUCUCUAAAAGUUUAGACACCUUGAAAUGGCUAGUGCUUUGGAUUCCCGACGAACAUCAGCGGUCGCCGAGUCGAUGGCCAGCCGUCCGUACUCCGAUGCAACGUGGAUGACUCAAGGUGGAGCAAACCCAAUGGGGAAAGGGCAGAUUUUAUUUACAGGGCCAAGCGGGAUCAGGGAUUACAAAGUGAAAGUGGUGACCGAUGACAGAAUGGUAGGGAUCGGGACGAUGUCUCCAGAAGGUACUAGUGCCCUUCAGUAUAUCUGGAGAGGUGCCCCUGGUGCCGCCCCACCAAGGAGAAGGUCACAAUGGGUGGGGGAGGUGGGUUGGUUCAUCCCACCUUUCCAUGAUUACAAGAAUACAUUAUCUGGAAAUCAAAUACAGCUCAAAGUAUUCAGAAAGGCACAAGAAGAAAAAUACACUCAUAGAUUCCAAGAGCCAUGCACACUUUACAAGGAUUAUGAAAGUACCCCCACCCUAAAGACCCAAGCUACAAAGAAAUGUUCCCCUUCACACAAGGAUCAAAACAAAACUGGCGACCCCCUGGCCAACAGCGGAGCACGGAACAACUCCCUCCCCGCCCUCACACCGUCUCCAGCUUCCAUUCUAACGACAGACUCCCCAACGUUAGCAACAAUGCAGCAAGCUCGCGACCCGUCACAGCGCAACCCCCCUCAUCGGAAAACAUCAGUCGUCCUGCCAGCGGUAGCAGCUACUCAUCAGCUCACUUCAGAUCGGCGUCCGUCGCAAGCCCGCACCACUCCCCGCCCGGGAGCCGACCAGGGAGUGGGGGCAGCCAUGGGCAAUACAACCGUGAAUCGUCAGCGUACGGCAGCCAUUCGAGGGGGUCCCAGUCGUCGUUAAGAAGCAGGGCUAGUUCACAAACGUCGCAUCAAUCAAGACGAAGAAUUACCCCUGCUGCCACCAGUGUCAGUUCAGCGUACAGAGCGCCAACGUCAGAUCCAGAGUACUAGCCUACACCCUAUCGUGUACCUAUUCCUCUCCACUCGUGGCAAUAUCAACAUUAUUUAAAGGACAAAUAUUUUGUGUAGAUAAGAAGAAUACAAUAUUACCUGUCUUUGUCUUCCUAGCACCAAUUGAUUUCUCUUAUUUGAGAUUUGUUUGCACUACACGUACGCAACCUCUGCAUUCCUAUGCAAUUUCUGAUGUCUUUCAUUAUAGAUCUCUGUAUUUUUUAGAUAUUUUUUUCUUGACUUGUGAUGUAUACUAGAAUUUUCUGAGACUUCUACUGAUUUCUGAAUACUAUUCUCAAUGAAUUCGGUAAAGUUAUUAUAAUCGCUUACUAUUUAAACUGUUUACUGGAUAGCUGUAUAGUUCAUCCAAAAGGAAAAUUCAUAUGAUAUGAUUUCAAAUAAGAUGUAGUUUACUUUGUCAAUUGAAGGAAAGUAGAUGUAUGCCCUAUUAAUUUCAGUUAACGACUCCAUGUGAUUAUUUAUUAUUAUCAAAGCUGCCUAUUAAAGUAUAUACUGUAUGACAUUAAAAUUGUAAAUAAAAACCGUUUAAAAACUGAUAAAAUCAGUUGUUCGAUGCGCAUACAGUAGAAUUUUUUUUAAAAAUUAAAGUAUCAGUCUGAGUCAAUUUGUUUACAAGCAAAUUUAAAGUGAGUUUAACAGUCCAUGAAAAAUGAAAUGAGAAAAUAUUGACUUUUUUAAUAGUUGCUUGCAAAACUUUAGUUAAAGUGCUGUUAUUUUUUUAAGACAAAUGCACUGGCACUGGCCUUGCAAUGUUGAGAUAGUACUCUCUUAAUGGACAAUAAUGCCAUUGUACCUAGUAGAAAUAACUUGGUACUUUAUCAUGAUUGACUAUUGUUAUUAAUUCUCUAUUUUUCACAUGAAGUGAAUGGAAUCACUUGUGGAAAUGAGCUGUCAUUAUUCAGAUGGGGGAUGUUCAUGGUGAUAAUGAUUUUUUUAUUCAUGAAAUCCCGACUUUGAGAAAUAUUUGUGCAAUUUAAUGAUUUGAUGUGUGCAUAGACCAACAGUAUUUUUAUCGCUGAUUAAUUUUGAAUUUUAGUAAUGGCUGAAUAUUUCUAGGCAAUUAGGCGUUUGUGCAUGGAAUUUUUGUGCUGUGCAAUUGAAAAAAAUGAUUUUAUGCAAUUGUUUCAUUCAGAGUUUGUUGGCAUGAUAUCAUAGAUUUUGUCUUUUGAAGUGCAGUGGCCUCAUCCGUCCAAUCAUUUAUAGUAUUAUAGACUGCAAUUAUUUAUGUAUUCAAACAAUAUAUCAUAUGUGGUUUUAAGUUGCACAUCAUCAUUAAAAAAAAAAGAUGAAUUCAUUAUAAAUGAUUAGCUUGGUAGGGUUGUCUAUAUUUCUUAUAGUUCAACACAUUGUCUGCAUAAGAGUGCAAAUGUUGUGUAUGGAAAUAGUAGCAUUUCCAAUUGCCUGUCUCAUCUUUAUUUCCUUUAAUCUCUCUCUCUCUCUUUCUGUCUCUCCCAUUAUUCUGCCAACUCCCUCUCCCCUUCACUUUUAAACCUUUUAUACAACUCUCUUUAUUUGUUUGCAUAUUUUGGAAAUGAUAUUAAGAAAUAUGAAAAAAGCCUUUAGAAUGUUGAAAGCAUUUAACAUCUUUCUCAACUCAUUAGUCACAAGGAUAUGUAGUGGUUUUAAAAAUUAACUGUAGGUAGAAAUAGCUUGACAUAAUCAAACUAAAUACUGUUCACAUUGUUAGUUCCUCAUUUAGGUGUAUAUUCACUGUUCCGGGCUGUAACACAAUGCUUAGCGUUUGAUCGUACACUUGAUUUUACAAUUAAUUGCAUUUAUAAAAUAGGUGUAUUAUUUCAAGCAUCGCGAUUGGCCAAUACGCGUCACAUGACAUCCAACUUUUUUUGUGCACUGCAUAGCAGUGCAAAAGGUGCGCAACGAAAAUUGACAUUGCACGCUCGAGCAAACCAGUGCGGUAGAAUUCUCGCUACCCCAAAUAGCGAUUUCGCCGAGAUCCGGGAAAAUCCCUGUAACGCGCAUUGCAUUAUGGGAUAGCUUUUUCGGUAUUACAACUUCCUGUUCGGAAGUCCAAUGCACUGUUUUGCCAUUCAGAUCAACAGUGCCGUCAUGCACAACAACACAACGUCGCUUUCGCUCGGAAAGUUCGUGAUCACAACCCUCUCUUUCACGAUACAGUUUAACGGCCUUUUCUGCUAAAGUCACUAAUUCUGCCCGACGCUUUCCAUUGCACGGGUUUCAUUCUCCUUUAAGAUUUUUUUAAAGUUCCGAAACUGAUUUUUUAUCCAUUUUGUGGUCGACGAUAAAUUGAACGGAAUGAAUGCUGUAUAUAUUUAGCGUCUAGUCGAAUACGAUCGUAAUGUCAGGCCGGUCGCUAAAUGCAAAAUUUUUAGAUAUUCAUUUUUUGUUUAAUUUUUUAUAACCUAAUAAAAACAUGAAUAAAAAUUAUUUUCACGUGAAAUAUAUUUUUUAUUUUUAUUCAUAAUUCAAAUGGAAUCAAACCUGACCAAAUUAAAUAAAAAGUAUUAUAAUCUGUACAUAUUACGCUGAUUGGCAUCGAUUUCAGCGUGGUGGAAAACUCAGUCUCGCGAACCUCGCGCGAGCAUGACUCUGAACCGGAAGUGGUGAUGACGACCCGACGGAGUGAAAAUUAUCUCGUCUCGCGCAUUAUGAGAUUUUUGUACCUAUUUGGGGUAGCGAGAAUUCCCGGGAGAAGUCCAACAAAACUGUACUGUAACUUUAAAAAAAUUUGUUUCUGUGUUGCUAUUUUAUAAAACAAAUAAUGCACUUGCUCUGUCGUGCGUAAAAAUAAAUGCAGAGAAAGCUCGGUUUCUUCGGAUGGUGCACACUGGGCACUCGCUGCCAGCGGCUCGUGCACAGUGUGGCACCUACCUAAAGAAACCUCGCGUGCUCUGCAUUUCCACCAACGCACUCGGCUGCAUGCAUUAUUUGUGUGAUAAACCAAUGUAAUCAAUCAAGGAAAAUCUCACCCUGUCUCACCCAUAUUUAUAUAUUGCUGGUGUAUUUUUUUUCUUUUUAAUCUGAAUUUAUUAAUUCUUUAUACAUGUAGGUUUAAAUUUUUGUGUGUAAACUUUCCAACAGUUGUUUUACAUAUACCUCUAGUUAAUUGCUAUGCUCAGGUUUAGGGAUCUAUUUAUACCACUUAAUCCAGGCACUAAGCAUGCUUGUAUAUUUUAGAUACAAGUAUAAACUGAUGAGUGGAAGUAUUAUGUUCAUGACAGUGGUGAAUAGCGUAUAUUUAUUACUGAAAGUAAUUAUUAUUACCCGAUAUCAUUUUGAAUUUUAAAAUAUUGAGUUUCCAGGAAAAUUCUUUGGUAAACUUUAUUUUGCUAAUUCUAUGUACAUAUUUUGCAAAUGCAAUUGUGUAAUACAUACUAGUUUUCAAUUCUUUGCAAUAAUUUUGCUGUUGUUGUCUUAUUAUUUUUUGGGAUGAUCUAACAAUCACUAUUUAUGGAUCCCCGUGCCUGUUUUCAUUCAGGCAUAUGCCUGAAUGAUGUGAAUGAAAUUGAAUAUCUUAUGAUCAUAUGAUUAACAAUCUUA